AUGACGAAGCCAAAACCCCAUCCUGAACUGAAGUUCGAGAAGAAAAAUAAAAAGAUGCGAAAAAUCCCCAGCUAUGCGUAUAUACAAAGAAGACCCAUUCCCCACCCUCCGUCGGCUUCUCCCUAUGCUUGCGCGAAAGUACCCAAAGUCGUCUAUGUUUCGACCAAUACGCCAUUUAUGAGUGCCGCCAAACGUGUGCAAAAACUUCUGAAACAAGCUGAACGACGCGCCACAUCCAAAAUCGAUUUAAGUAGUAAAGCCAGCGAGAAGCAGAAGCUUGCGAAUCUUACGGAGAGCACAGAGGAACUGAAAAAGGAGGAAGUUUUUAUCAAAGCCACUGGUCGAGCAAUUGAGAAGGCGGUAAGCAUAGGGAAAUGGUUUGAGGGAAAAGAGGAAUAUGCGAUCAGGGUGAAUACUGGGGCUGUGAUGGUGGUGGAUGAUAUCGUGGAGGACGAGAGCCUGAAGCGGAACCAUGAAAACAAAGAGAAAAGAGGAGAGGCUGGAGAAAAUGAAACCGUCCCUGACGUAUCUAAGAAAACGACCGAGGGAGGUGAUGAGACCCUGGACUCGGGUCAGGGCAAAGGCAGAGAUAGACAAGAACAGCUGAAACCCACAACGAAGAAAAGGAAGAGGCGACGGAACGAAGCAGUUGAUUCGGAUGGCGAACUGUUAGAGUCGCGAACACGCUGGGUGAAUAUGGUGGAGAUUGCGGUCACAUUGAAAUGA